AUGAGGCGAUCACGAUGGGCAGCGGAACGGAUGACGGGGGCGAGGAGGAAGGGGCCGAUGGAAAACCCUGAUGACGGGGCGUCCUGCUCCACCUACGAGGAGCAUGUGGAAGUCGCGAAACUUCUUGAUAGCACUUGUGAAUGGGACCCCUACAUGUGCUGCUGGACCGGCAACGACGGAGCGGACGGGAUGACGGCGAACUCCGACGUCUGCCGCGUACUGGACUACCCGGAAGAGGGAGACUCCUUCGAAAUGCCCCGGGAAUCAGAGGGCUUCGUGUGCUGCCACGGCUUCGCCUGGGCGGAAGGCGCGGACGUGGACACCCACAUCCUGCCCCUGUACCACUACGUGAAGAACGUCGGCCGUACCGAAGAGGCGGGCUUCUACGAGAUGAAGCUGCCGGAUAGCGUGGAGGGAACGCCGGAAUGCGGGUGCAUCGAGGAAAUACCUUCGGUGUCCUGCUCCGAGUGCUCCAGGUACUCCUGGGAGGGGAUCGCUGGUUGCGGCAACAACGGGCUGUUAAGCCAGUACCGCGGUUGCCUGGGCGAGCCCUGCGGCCCUAUGGACGACAAUCUGGUGAGGACAUGCGACAACGAAGACAUUCCCGACUACGACCACGGGUCGUGCAGUCACAACACGUACAUGUGCUGCUUGACGGAGAACGACGGCCAGGGAAUGGCAGAAAACACGGUGAGACGUCGCGUGCCGGCCGUGGCCUCUUGCGUGGAAUUUUCUUGCUACAGUGCUGACAGGAAGGAUGUUGGGCUGACUAUGUUGUCUGUUAUCUUGGGUCAUCUUGGUGCCACGAAGGACGUGUGCCGUGUGUUGGACUACCCGUCGGUGGGUGGGGCGUUGGAGUUUGCCGGCGACAGCGAGAGAGAGGCGCACCGCCACGGGUUCGUAUGGACCGAGGACGCCACCGACAAGUACAUCCACCUCCUGUCGCAGUUCGUCCAGAAGUUCGACCACAGGGACAGGAGGGGGUACUACGGAAAGUACAUUACUGUAGGAAAAGCAGCGCACAACGUCAUCAUGGUGAAUGGGAGAACGACUGGUCCAGGCGAGGACAACACGAAUAACCCACUGUCUCCUCCUCCAAACGUUUCGCAUGUCAUUCUUGUCGUAACCAGUAUCGAGGGCGCCCCCAUGUACGGCUGCGUCGAAGAGAUGCCGGUGGUUUCCGAGGCUGACGGCACCACCUACGAUACCGACCCGGAGCGAGAGGGCAAGUUCACGGCGUGCACGACGAACGACCUCUGCACCCGCUACGCGGAAGACUACCCCACGGGGGAGCUUGCCAACCUCGUCGGCACCUACGACAACGCGGAGUAA